AUAAAGUCAGCUGAUAAAACAGAUGACAAUGACGUUAUGCACAAGUUUGACAAAACUUAUGUUACAAUCGAUUUUCAGAACAACUUUCAUAAAAUUUAAUGUUUAUCAACAAUUAAAAACAAUGUCAGAUUCAACAACAAACAAGUGCAGUAUGGAUUUAGGAGCAAUGAGGAUAAAGUACAAAGAUAAAAAUGAGGCAUUUAUUGAGGAUCAUUUAGUGAGCAAAGAGCCAUAUGGACAAUUCAAAGAAUGGUUUGAAAUUGCUAGUAAAACACCUGGUAUCCAAGAGCCAAAUGCAAUGUGUCUUGCAACAGCUACCAAAAAUGGAUUACCAUCUGCAAGAAUGGUUCUUUUAAAAGGAUUUAGUUCAGAUGGUUUUAAAUUUUAUACAAAUUAUGAUAGUCGUAAAGGACAAGAAUUGGCAGAAAAUCCAAAUGCAGCAUUGACAUUUUAUUGGGAACCACUAAGAAGAACGGUAAGAAUUGAGGGAAGAGUAGAAAAAACAUCAGAUGAAGAUUCAGAUAUUUAUUUUGAGAGUAGACCUUAUGCAAGUCAAAUUGGAGCACAUGCUAGUAAACAAAGUACUGUUAUACCUGGUCGUGAUAGUCUUAUUGUCAAAGAACAAGAAUUAACUUCUGUAUUUUCUGAUGGAAAAGUUUCUCGACCAGCUUGUUGGGGAGGUUUUUUGGUGAUUCCAAAGAGUAUUGAAUUUUGGCAAGGUCAAAGUGAUCGCCUUCACGACAGAAUAAGAUUUAGAAAACAAUGUGAUGAUGAAAUAAUUGACAAUAUUUUGGUGCAUCAAGGAAAUGAUGGAUGGGUUUUUGAAAGAUUGUCACCUUGAAAACCUUGUAAUUAUCAAAAAUUUAUUUUCACUAAGAAUAUUGAUGUUUUACUAGUUUCAUAAUUUCACGUUGAACACCUGAAAUUAAAAAAACAAAAAUUUUAUAAUUUUAUUUUCAAUAAAUUUAUUAUAAAUGA